GUGCUGCUGCUGCCAAUAUUGCUGUUAUUGCUGCUGCUGGAGUUGGUGUGGCCGCCUCAAGGUACCGCUACCCUGUUGAAGAAAUGUUGCCACUGUCGUCAUUCCGAGGAUUGCAUGCGCCGCUGUUGCUGCAUUUCCAGACUGUUGCCACCGGGGGAUGGACUGCGCGUGGCUGCCAUGUUGCUGGUGACGCCAUGUCCAGGCCCGCUGCCGUCUCCUGCCCAAUCAGUCCAGGCAGUCCCUGUGGACGCAUACCGCCACUCGGCAUCACAUCGCCAAAGGACCGAUUCUGGGAUUUACUCGGCCAAGCAUAGGCCGCCGAUCCCGAUGCCGCUGCCGUUGCUGCUACUGCUGCCGCUGGGGAAGACCACGCCACGAGCUGAAGCAACCUCUCCUAAAAACGCCGAAUUUGCAACGCCGUCGCUGAGCUCGGAGCUGAGAGCGUCACAUUGGAGUUGGACCUUCAGAUUUCAGGAACUUCAGCUCCCUCUUUCAGGGCCUACAGGAGUGGUGGGUGUGGCCAGCGAGCUGUUCAGCACACCGCUUGGUCUCUGCCGCCAUUGUUGCUGGCCUUGCUGCUGUUGUUGUUGCUGCCUUGGUGAGCUAGAGCGCCCGAUGCGCUGUUGUUUUUACUGUAGAGGUUGGAGCGCCGGUGUGGCGUCCAUUACAGCAGCAGAUGGAUCCAUCAGGAGCCGAUGAGUCACAGAUCCCUCGGUUGGAAAGGAGAGAUGGAUUUUAAUCACGCCCGGAGAGAAGAUUUAUAUAAGCAGCCAUCCAGCCAUCGUAAUUUUGUUGUCCAGUAGGUGUUUAGUUAAGUUAAUUUUACCAUUAUAUCUAUAAGCGCAUUUCCCUUUUUUAUGUAACCUGUAAAUUAGCCUUUAGCCUUUUUGUAUUUCUUUCAUUUCUUUUCAAUAUUUUUUUGCCACCCCUUC